GUGGGAGGGAUAGGGCAGGCAAGGGAGCAUCAUUACGUUUCCUACACCGACUGCCCCUGUUGCCAUGUGACACUUGACGGGUAUUCCGAGAACUGUGACAAACAGCUGUUGCUGACAAGGUACAGGGCAGUUGAGACUUUAAAUCGGCAACAAUUCGACAUUAGACUCGCCAACAUGCGUGAGAUAGUGCACCUCCAGAUUGGGCAAUGUGGCAACCAAGUUGGGGGCAAGUUCUGGGAAGUAAUUAGCGAAGAACAUGGAAUUAACUCCAAUGGGAAUUACACUGGAGACUCAGAUGUCCAGCUUGAAAGAGUCAACGUAUACUUCAAUGAAGCACAUGAUAACAAAUACGUGCCCAGAGCAAUACUGGUGGACUUGGAGCCUGGAACGAUGGACAGUGUCCGAUAUGGCCGCAUCGGACAUCUCUUCAGACCAGAUAACUUCAUCUAUGGAAACUCAGGUGCUGGUAACAACUGGGCCAAAGGCCAUUACACGGAGGGUGCGGAGCUGAUGGAAAACGUACUGGAUGUGUUGAGGCACGAGUGUGAGAGCUGCGACUGCCUCCAGGGCUUCCAGCUGGCGCACUCGCUGGGGGGAGGCACUGGCUCCGGCAUGGGCACCCUCAUCAUGUGCAAGAUCCGAGAGGAGUACCCCGAUAGAAUCAUGAACAGCUUCAGUGUGAUGCCUUCGCCAAAGGUCUCCGACACGGUGGUUGAACCGUACAAUGCCACCUUGUCCAUCCAUCAGCUGAUCGAGAACACAGACGCAACUUUCUGCAUCGACAACGAGGCUUUGUAUGACAUUUGUUUUCGAACCUUGAAGCUGGCCACGCCAACCUACGGUGACCUGAACCACCUAAUCGCCAUGACGAUGAGUGGUGUCACCACCUCCCUACGUUUCCCUGGCCAACUCAAUGCGGACCUGAGAAAGCUGGCGGUCAAUAUGGUUCCGUUUCCACGCCUACAUUUCUUCAUGCCUGGUUUUGCUCCACUGAUGGCCCGUGGGUGCCAGCAGUAUUGCUCACUGACUGUGCCAGAGCUCACUCAGCAGAUGUUCGAUGCUAGGAACAUGAUGGCGGCCUGCGACCCACGACAUGGAAAAUACAUGACCGUGGCGGCAAUCUUCAGAGGCAAGAUGUCCACCAAGGAGGUGGAUGAGCAGAUGUUAGCGGUCCAAACCAAGAACAGCAGCCAUUUUGUGGAGUGGAUCCCAAAUAAUGUCAAAGUGGCCGUGUGUGACAUCCCACCGUGUGGACUCAAAAUGUCUUCCACCUUCAUCGGAAACAACACUGCAAUCCAAGAGAUCUUCAGGCGCAUUACCGAGCAAUUCUCAGCCAUGUUCAGAAGGAAAGCUUUCCUCCACUGGUACACAGGAGAAGGCAUGGAUGAGAUGGAGUUCACAGAAGCCGAAUGCAACACCAACGAUUUGGUGUCUGAGUACCAACAGUACCAAGAUGCUACAAUUGAGGUUGAAGAUGAAGAAUAUGAAGUGGAAGAAGCUGAACCGGUGACAAUUUGAGUAACUAGGACAAUCAGGUGUAUCACCAAUCGAACGAACAAUGAACACAACAGCAAAAUAUAUCAGAACAUCUACAGGAACAAUGAUUUUAUUCUAAAUAGGCAGACCAGAAAAUAACUUUGCUGGCCUGGAGGAAUGUAGUUGACAUCUCAAAGCGAUUUUCAUCUUCAUAGAGAUUCAUGAAUUUAUAUAUUAUCCUUCCAUCAUUACGGACUAUAUUUGAAGCAUCACGUGCAUGGGUCGCGGAAUCGGGGGGGGGGGGGCUGCAGCACCUCCACUUUUUUGGCUACAUA